UCUUGGGAGCUCAGCUAUGAAUUGAAAUUGCUGUCUGGCUUGUGGGUGUAGUUUAUCUAGCAUUUCUGGAUGUUGGAGUAGACCUGCUUUGAGUUCUCCAAUCUGGCAAGUCUCAGGGAACAGAAGUGUCACACACAUUGUUUUAAACCCCAGAAGAUUUCAUAUGAAAAUCUGCACUGCUGGCUUCCCUUGCUGGGAGACACAGAAGGGGAGACUGGACACUCUUUGGAUCCGCAAGGCCCUCGUUGGCCACCAAUGCAUCCAGCUGGGCUCUCCGGCCGGCCGGUCUCCCGCACUCCUUCACCGCCGCCCCGCUCCGCCCUUUCCUAGCUGGGCCUGGGCUGCGCCCCUCCGACUCGGCCCCCUUCCUCGGGGCCGGCCGGGCGCGGGUCUUGCGGAGGCGGCCAGGCCGCACGGGUUCGGGCCCCAGCGGCCCGGGCGCGCGAGGAGCCACCUGUUGACCCAGCCGCGAGCAGUCCUGCGGUCAAUGAUUAACCGGCCGCGCAGCGCGCACCAGGAAACCCGAGCUGUCCGCGAGAGCGGGAGCCGGGCCCGACGGCGGCGGGAGGCGUGCAGCCUGGCUGGUCGCACCAUGGACGCAGGAGCGGACGCGAAAGGGGGCAGCGGCCCCGUGGUCCCUGAGGACCCUGCGCGCCCCGGGCUCCCGCAGCUCCCGCGCCGCCCGCAGCUCCUGGAGGAGGACCAAGCGCCCAGCGAGGAAGCGGCCGCCGCGGAUGGAGGGGACGCCACGGCACCAGAGGGACCCCCGGGCGACCCCCCGGCUGAGGCGUCCGCGGCGCCCCCAGCCCAGGCCCAGGCCGUGGCCGCGGGCGAGGCCCUGCAGAUACCCAAGGCAGCGGCCGGUGGGGUCCCCAACAUCGGCUUCGUGGGCGAGCCGCCGCCCUACGCGCCGCCAGACCCCAAGGCCGCGCACCUGCUCUACCCGCCGCCCUUCCCGCCGCCGGUGCUCUUCCCGCCUGCGCCGGCCGCCCCGGCCCUGUACCCGCCGCCCGCACCGCUCUUCCCUGCGCCUACUGCGCAGCCGCUCUUCGCGACCUUCCCGGUGUACAACAGCCCCGUGGCAGGCGUGCCAGCCCCGGCUCCGGCGGAACACAGGCCCCUGCCCAAGGACUACAUGAUGGAGUCUGUGCUGGUGACCCUCUUCUGCUGCCUGCUCACCGGGCUCAUCGCCAUUGUCUACUCCCAUGAGACCCGCGCAGCCCUGGCCCGGGGGGACCUGGCCCAGGCUCAGGAGGCCUCUCGCAAGGCCCGCUCGCUGGUGCUCUUCAGCCUGCUCUUCGGGGUCUUCGUGUCCACCAGCUGGGUUAUCUAUGUGGUGGUCGCGCUCUACCUGCCUUGAGGGCUGCUGGCUCCCUCGGGGACUCCGGGUCCUCAGCCAGGCUCCUCCUGUGGACUUGAAUUCCCGCCAGCGGCCACCUGUCACCUAGAGGGGACCCAGGUGGGGGGCUGGAAGACGGUGGGCUCUGCAGUCCAUGGGACCCCUAUGGCUGGGCCUCGGCGUCCUGGCCUGAGGGGGCCCCAGUGCCCCGGUGGCUCCAGCUGGGGGACAGGGGCCAGUGCCCCCAUGCCCAGGCCUUCUCCUGACCCUGAGGGACCAGCGCCCUCCUCUCCUCAGAGCCACUGGCAAGGACGUUGCCACCUCUGGCCGCCCGUGCCUCCAGGGCCAAGCUGCCCGGCUCUCGCCCUCCCUGUGGGAGCUGAGAAGAGCAGCCUCCCCUCUCCUGGGUCGCUCCCGCCCGACCCGGGAAGCAGCCUCUCUCUCUCCUGCUGACCCCUCGCCCCAAAGCCCAGGCCACAGUGUCCAGUCAGUGAACUUACAGCAACACGCCGGGCGGGGCAUCUUGUGGCUGCUUUGGGGGUGUUGCUGGUCCUGGUCCCUUCGGGGGCUUUGGGGUUCCCCCCUCCUGUCCCUCCGGGAUGCUGUUCUCUGCCCAUGCUGCCGUGGUGUCUGACUCGUGCACAUGGGCUGGAGCAGGGCGGGAAUUUCUGUCGGGUCUUCCCUGGCCAAAGGUGACAGGAGAGCGGGGACGUCCACCCACAUGGAGAAGAGGAGGGGACCUCGGCAGAGUCACGAAGGUGGACAGCUCCGGGGGGCUCUCUGAGCGCCCACUGGGUGCUAGUCACCUCCCUGGCACCCGCCAGGACCAGGAGCUGAAGCAGGAGCACAUCCCGUCUCAGUCCUUGGGAUGCUUCCGGAGCCCGGGAGAUGUGGAUGCAGAAGAGAGGCAGGACACUGCAUGGAGCUUGAGAGGUGGCCUCGUGGUCCAGGCCGCGGGGCUGGCCCAGAUUAAGGCUCUCAAACCCUAAAAUGCAUGAUUGUCAUGAAAGACGAGGAAACGGGAUUUAGGGGUCCAUGGACGCCGGACGGCCACAGUGACUCCUGUCACUAAACUCUUUUAAGUAAAAUCAAAAUAGAAAUCAUGCAGACCAGUGUGCCGCUAGCCUGGAAGCCUACAGUAAACACCUGGGAACCUUGUUAAACUGCGGAUCCUCAUUCCGUAAGCGGGGCCGAGAUCCUGCAGUCCUCAUUCCUGCUCCCAGGUGCCGCUGAAGCUGGUGACUGGACCAACUUGAUGUGGGGAAAACCGUUAAACCAGGACCAAGCCAAGGGCGCCCCCUAGGGUCUGUGCUCAGCACUGUUGUGAGGUUCUAGCUAAUGAAACAAACAGCAAAAAAUGAAAUGUGUAGUAUGAAAUCUAGAAGAGAAAAAAUGACGCUCUGGCUAGAAUAUGCAAGAGCCCAUGAAAAAUUAGAAUAAGAGGACUCAGAAAAGUGAUUAUAGUAAUCAGUAGCAAUAUUCAGUUAAAAGUGGAAAAAAUGUAAAAUUCCUCUCUAUAGUGAUUGAAAAAACAGUAAAACUUAGGCA